UGAACGAGGAAAUGAGAGCAGAGGAGCGGGUGCGCAGCCUGUGCAGAGGGACGACGCACACGACUAACACCUGAACCACAGCGAGGACACACGGACGCUUCAGUUCAGAGACUCUGGUCACAGCCGGGUGAGGAUGAAGAUGCAGAGCAGGCUGAUUUUUGUCCCGACGCUGAUGUUAAUCAUCUCAGCGUCGGUCACCACGUCAACUACCACUUCAGCAACGGCCAGUACUGGAGCUCCGUGGACGUGGACGACUAGCACCACCACUGGAACUCCGUGGACAACAGGUCGUCCUGCAGUAAAUUUAAACGGGAUGAUGUUCACUUUGUCCUCAAAAACCGGAGGGGUAUCCUUCUACCCCCCGUACUACACCUCCCAGCAUUCCCCUACUUUCCAUCUCACCACGCACUACCCCGGCCCCACCUACCCUCCCUGGACCACACCGCCUUCGACUAGAGGGGUCUCUGUGUGUCUGCGUUACCUCUCCGACAACCUGGACUCCAGCAACCCCACAAUCUUCACACUCAGCCCAUCCAGCAGUAAGCCUCUGAGUCUGAGAGUCAUCAAUAAUUUUUAUCAGCUGUUUGACCGGUACUAUUACCAGUACCUGAACUUGCAACCCAGCGUAAAACUCUGGUCAGGAGUUGCACCGGACAUGUGGACCAGACUCUGCCUCACCAUAGACUCCCUGAAGAAUGUGGUCCAGCUGUUCAGCGGCUCGAACAUGAGCGUCAGGAAGAUACUACCUGCUGGGUACUCAUGGACAGGUGAGCCUGUGCUUGAUUUUCCGGGUUUUGAUGGUCAGGUGACAGACAUCCAGAUGUGGGAUUAUCCUCUACGCUACAGAGAAGUCAUCGACUACAUGGACACCAGUCCCUACAUGCGAUACCGUGGCUCUGUCCUCACCUGGUCCUACAUCAGCUACUCUCUCAGAGGGAAGGUGGUAUUGGAGGACGUCUAUGAGAUGCAGGCGAACCAGCCAAUGAGCAGAGGGGGGAGAGGGCGUCGACUGAAAGACAAGAAGAAGACCAGGAGGGUUUUCAAUGUGAGUGAAAAGAGGGGAGAGACACUUUAAUGAGACACACAUUAAAAAAAGCUGCGCCCUGUGUUCCUCAUUUAUUGAGCAAAAACUCAACCAGAAUCAACAAACCAGAAUUCAAUCAAUAAUUAAAUUACAUUUUAAAUUAAAUUAAAUUUUUACCAAAAUUUUUGGCUUUUUAUUGUUCUCUUUUCAACUGAAACAAUAACAGGAAGGCUCACAGAACUUUAUUGAUUUUCUGUGUCAUGUAACUUGCAGCUUGGGCAGAGAGAGGGGUUAUUAAAAUUUCCAAUCUAUCUUAUCAGUUACUUUAUACAUAAGAAAAACAGCAAAGCAAAGGAAUCCUCAGUUAAAAGAUUUGUGUGAUUCAACAAUCUAAAUCUCAGAAAGUCACUGAGGGUUUAUAAGCCAAACCAGAACUGAACAAAGACUUAGGUUUUAUUUCAAACACAAAUCCUUUUGUUUUUUGGAGGCUGGUUGCUGCCACCUUCCUGUUAGUUCUUGAUUACAGAGACUUGUUUAGGGUGAAUGUACCAUGUACCUUUUUUUUUUUUUUUUGGGAAAUUAUGUUUCACAAUCACUGGAGUUCCCACCUCCCAUCUUUGCACUGAGGCAACUUUAGCAAUUAUAUCAUAUAUAUCAUUAUUCAUGUAAACUGUAACUUUGCUAAAUAGUAUUUGUGUCAAUUAACAGAAUGCAAUGAAAAAAAAAAUCACAAUUAAAAUGAGUUUGCAACACG